AUGCUGCUCCUCGAUCUACCACCAGAAAUACUCGAGGGAGCACUUUUCCUCUUGUCAAACGCCGAUAUCAAGAACCUGCGAUUGGCAUGCACGCACCUGGGCCAGGUCGCUCGUCUUCGCCUCAAUCGGGUCUUUUUGUCCCUCAACCCCUUGGAUAUCCAGGUACUCCGCAAUGUAGCUGGACAUGAAACGUAUCGCCACCAUAUCACGGAGCUGAUAUACGACGACACGCGAUUCCCCACAACUAGGGAACUUGAUGAGGAUGUAUACGAGACUUCCAGCGACUCAGAUAACAGAGCCGAUGGUCAAGUCCCAACUUGGUAUAAGCGCAAGUACCAGGAAAUCCGCGAAGAGCUUGCGGACCACAAAGGAGAAUGGGUUGAGCGACCACAUCACAUUCUACGAAAGAAGCAAUACGAGUCGCGACCAAGUCUCAGACAAUCUUACCACCGCUAUCAGAAGGUCGCUAGUGACCAAGGCAAAGUCCGGGCCGCUGGAGGCGAUGUCAAAGCUUUUGAACAUGCCUUGGAGUGCUUUCCCAAUCUCCGGAAGAUUACUUUAACCCCAGUGGCACAUGGCGUACCUUUCCGACCAUUGUACGAGACGCCAAUGAUACGUAAUCUUCCCUACGGCUUCAUUUACCCUGUCCCAUGUUCUUGGCCCGGUUCCGAGAGCGAAAGUGGCCAUGACCGUAUCAUGCCGCCCUGGGAUGACGAGAGAGAGAAGAGGAAAUGGCGUGGUCUUCGCGUCGUGCUGAGGACUCUGACUGAGCGUCCGCACGGCAUCACCGAAUUUGUCAUCGACGUCAAUCAGCUUCGGAAUGGCGUGAGCUGCAGCAUGUUUGACACUGUGAGCCACAAUCAAGAAUAUGAGGAUCUUGUCUCUGUGCUCCAAAGCCCAGGCUUCUCUCGCCUCGAUCUUGCACUCUCCACCGGGGACCAGAGGAACUCCCUUUGGCCAUGCUAUCGGAGCGGCUUGCUACGACAAGCGCUGGGCGAAGCUAAAGAUCUUCGCCAUGUCAGUCUCGCCACUGGCCUCAUUGUGCCAGCGUCGGCAUAUAGUCCGGACCAGUACGAUGGCGGUGGGGAGGAACACUUUUUCCCGCUUCGCACAAUUUUCCCAUUGGACCAGUUGAGGCAGCUGCGGCAUUUUGGUCUCUCACGCUUCAUCGUGAAGCGAAACGAUAUUGUCAACUUUCUCUCUACUAUGCCGCCUACUCUUCGAUCUAUCGAGCUGAGCUUCCUCUUUUUCAUGAAGAGCGGCGAAGGACAAUACCGCGAAUUGCUUCACGACAUGAAAGACAGGCUGGACUGGCGCGAACGUCCUGAGUCGCAGAGACCAAGCAUCACGCUUUAUCUCGAUUCGGAGCCUCCGGCUGAUGGGCACUGCAUUGACAUUAGCGUCGAGACAGAAGCGUUUGUAUACCACGGAGGUGAGAAUCCUUUCAUCGAUGGCCCUAAUCUGGGUGAUCGUGUAUACAGAAGUCAGGGCGUGGGUAUCAAGCGAGACAUGUUCAAUCCAGACAAUGAUGUGCCAUUCGCUCCGCGGGAGCGUCUCAUGGACAUGGGUAUCCUUGAGCCCGACUACUUCUACCGCAAUGGUAUUCAGCUGCGUCCAUGA